AUGGUUCGACAAAAAAUAUCUCAAAGAUGGUGUCGCAUCACUGGUGAACAUUUGAAUGCGCUUGUGCAAUGUUACAGAAUUUUUCUCACAACAUUGAAUUAUUUUCUAUGCGGAAAAUCAGAUAUAUCGAUAUCAGUGGAUUUCCACUCGAAUGAACAUCUAAAGAGGAUAUUAAAAUUCAGUAGAGUCAAUAAAUGUUCUCAUUUUCUCUCAACUUGGAAAGAACAUCAUAGGAUGUUUAUGAAAUCAAUAGAGUGCGGGGGUGGCGUAAGAGCAAAAAGAAUCUGA